AUGUUGCAGACCAAUCGACCCAAUGUUUGCGAUGGUCACUAUGCGGACAUCACGGCUGAAAUAUGGACCGAUAUCAUCGACUUGCUUCACGUCGUUGAGGUGACUCGGCGUGUGGAGAUGGCAUCGCCCGCCCCGCUGCCGUUUUAUUAUCGGGCCAUUUCAAAGUUGCCUGACAAUCAAUCAGCACCAAGUGAGGUUUAUUACCAGGACAGCUCGUACGCACCCCAAAUAUUCUACAAGGCAAUUUUUGGUGGGGUAACGAUGUGUGUGAACCGGACUAUCGGAUCAUACGACAUCGAGGAUGGUGACUCCAUCGAUAUUCAAGUUGAUCGUAUGCGUGUUAGAAAGCCAAUCAUUUAUCUAUACUCGCCCUCCGACAUCGAUGUUUCUGUUAAGCUCGCCCUCAUUCCUGAAUGGAGACUUUCUGUCAUCUAUCCCAUUGUUACCACAGAAGACCAUGGUCGGCGUUUGGAAUGGAAUGUCCGCACCCAUCAAGAUGGCAGUCUGACUGAACACAACUCUGGUUUGAAUGUCUCGUACUUGUUCUGGGAGGCGGAGACAAAUUCGCAAGAAUUUCUCCGGACACCAGCAUACAAACCGCAACCAGUGGAUACAUUCAAUCCAGUAUCCAACAGUCUCGAUGAUACGGAUUCAAUUGUCACUCCAGUGGACAGAGUAACAGUUUACCUCGAUAACUCACUCAAGGUUUUGGGACUUCACACCGAAGCUAGAACAUCAUUCAUAACCUACUGGCUACCAUCCUUCCUCAAGCACGAAUACGUUGCACUCCGAUUUAUUCCUCAAGCAGCAUUCGAACGCGCCGCUUCUUUACACAUUUCUCCGCAGCCCGACGUCGUGACUCGGGUAUUUAUGCUGUUCAAAGGUAUCCGUAAGGAGGACUUGACAAAUUGGACCAAUGCACGAAUUCAAGCAGAGAAAGACGUUGCUUGGUGGGUGGAUGUGGUUGGAGUUGAUCCUGCAAGAGCUGGUGAUGUGACUUUGUUCAGGGCGUUGGAAUGGGGCGGGAUGGAGGUUCUCAUUUGAUAUUCUAUCAGGUUAUGUACUUAAUUUGUGUAGGUGUUAUCGCG